AUGCCUACUCCCGACGCGGCGUUGAUAUGCAACACGAGCCACGACCGGCGAAUACUGUGGCUUUUCUCUUCAACGGCCCGCCACAACCGGAAAAAGUCGUGGCGCUUUCCUCAGCACCCAGCCACAACCGGUGAACAGCGUGGCUUACUCAACGACCUCUGCUCCAGAAACUCUCAACCUGAGCAAAGGCAAUGA